AUGCAUGCUUCCGCGUCAUCUACCCAACAGCGCCGGCCUUCUGUGCAGUCAAGGCGAUUAUCAUCCACCCGCUCUGGGAAUUCAGGCCAUGUUCUUUCGUCGAGGCACUCUGUUUCGUCCGCGAAUGCACGCAAUGCCGCUCGUGAGACGUCACAACAGCAGCAUCUUCAACAGCAGCAGCUACGUCGCGCGUCACUUUCAGCGUCUACACAGUCGUCCUCUUCCAAUUGGUGGAGGAUUCAUUUCUUCCGAGGCAUGAUGAACGAUGUCAAGCGUAGGGCACCGUAUUAUUGGAGUGAUUGGACUGAUGCGUGGGAUUACCGCAUUGUGCCCGCGACGGUGUACAUGUACUUUGCCAAUAUUCUUCCCGCCCUGGCUUUCUCGUUGGAUAUGUUUGAGAAGACAAACCAGAGCUUUGGCGUUAAUGAGGUCUUGCUCGCGUCUGUGCUCGGUGCCGUCGUAUUUUCUGUCUUUGCUGCUCAGCCAUUGGUCAUAGUUGGCGUCACUGGUCCGAUUACCGUGUUUAAUUACACCGUUUACGAUAUCAUCACGCCGAGAGGUACGCCUUAUCUGGCCUUUAUGUGCUGGAUUGGAAUUUGGUCAUUAAUUAUGCACUGGGCUCUUGCCAUCACAAACGCUUGCAACGGACUGACCUAUGUCACGCGCUUUUCAUGCGAUAUUUUUGGGUUCUACGUCGCAUUCAUCUACCUUCAAAAGGGUAUUCAGGUUCUGACUCGCCAAUGGGGUGCAGUUGGGGAGACUUCGGCAUAUCUCGCUAUCGCUGUGGCGCUUCUUGUCCUCAUGGUGGCUUGGAUCUGUGGAGAAUUAGGCAAUAGCAACCUUUUCAAACGGUUUAUUCGGAAGUUCCUGGAAGACUAUGGCACCCCGUUGACGAUUGUAUUCUUUACUGGUUUCGUCCACAUUGGACACAUGCGAGACGUUGAUGUCUCCACCCUGCCCACGAGCAAGGCUUUCUUCCCCACGCUCGAUCGUCCAUGGCUGGUGCAUUUCUGGGACAUUGAUGUUGGUGAUAUAUUCCUGGCCAUCCCAUUCGCUCUCCUUCUUACAAUUCUGUUCUACUUUGAUCACAAUGUCUCUUCUCUCAUCGCUCAAGGCACAGAGUUCCCUCUUCGGAAACCUGCUGGCUUUCACUGGGAUCUCUGGCUGCUCGGACUCACCACAUUUAUUGCCGGAAUUCUUGGCAUUCCAUUCCCCAAUGGACUUAUCCCUCAAGCUCCAUUCCACACCGCUGCGCUCUGCGUCACCCGCCAGGUAGCCGAUGAAGAUGACACAAACAAGGGCAAGGCCAUCCGAGUCACCGAUCAUGUAGUAGAACAGCGGGUUAGCAACCUUGCUCAGGGCCUCUUGACUCUUGGAACAAUGACCGGUCCGCUUCUCAUUGUUCUCCACUUGAUUCCACAGGGCGUCAUGGCUGGCCUGUUCUUUAUCAUGGGAGUCCAAGCUCUCCAAGGCAACGGUAUCACCCAAAAGUUGAUCUUCCUCGCCCAAGAUAAGGACUUUACGCCAGGAUCCAACCCAUUGAAGAGGCUCGACCGCCGUGCAGCUAUCUGGGUGUUUGUCAUUAUCGAGCUAAUUGGCUUCGGUGCUACCUUUGCCAUCACGCAGACCAUCGCCGCUAUCGGGUUCCCUGUAAUCAUUCUCCUACUUAUACCCGUGAGAUCAUUCCUGUUCCCAAUGUGGUUUACCCGAGAGGAACUUAACGUCUUGGAUGCGCCUACUGCUAGCCCUUUCACCAUGGAAAGUGUUGGCGGUACUCAUGGUUUGGAGGAAGAGUCUGUGGAUUUGACGGCCACAGGGACUGAAGACCCUUCGGGCGGUGGCAAUGGAGUCCUGAGAGGCCGACCCUCUUCAUCAUCAGAGUCAGCGGUUGAAGAGGAUGACUUGGAGAGAGGAGAGGCUUACGAGCUUCAAUCCUCUCUUCAUCGACGCACUAGUCACAGUCGAGUUGACUGA